AUGGGUGAUAACUCCAUUGUUGGUGCUGUUGCUAUUGCCUCUACAAAUUUGUGUGUCUCUGAUUCUAUUCCAGGUACUGGCUCCAAUACUUGGAUAAUUGACAAUGGUGCUUCUGAUCAUAUGACUUAUGAUGCUAAAUUUUUUGAUGAGUUGUCUAGUAACACCCGUGACCCAUACAUAACUAGUGCUAAUGUCUUGCCCUCUCCAAUUACUGGUGAGGGCACAAUCUCUCUCAUUCCUACUCUGUCAUUAUUUCGUGCGUUAUUAGUUCCCAAUAUCCAUUGUAACUUGUUAUCUGUUGGUCAAUUACUUGAUACACUUAAUUCUUCUGCUACUUUCUAUCCUACGCAUUGCUCUUUUCAGGAUCUCAAGACUCACGAGACGAUUGGGCAUGUUGCAGUAUCAAAGACAAACAACAAAUUUGGUUAUGGCAUCGUCGCUUGGGACACCCAUCAUUUGGCUACCUUAAGCGUCUGUUUCCAUGUUUAUUCCGCUAUUGUGAUGAAUCAAGUUUUAAUGCAUUAUGAUGUGUGGGGUCCGGCUCGCAUUACUUCAAACGGAUUUCGUUCGUUCGUCACAUUUAUUGAUGAUUGCACCCGACUCACUUGGGUCAAAGUAUUCCGGACUGAUAACGGAGGCGAAUAUGUGAAUAACACUUUAACAUCUUUCUUCCGUGCUCAAGGUAUUAUUCACCAAACGACAACCCGAUUUACUCCUCAGCAAAAUGGUUUGUCUGAACGCAAGAAUCGUCAGUUACUUGAAGUUGCCCUCCCCCUUAUGUUGGACAUGUCUGUUCCCCAUCAUCUUUGGGGGUAUGCUGUUUUAUCUGCUGCCUAUUUGAUUAAUCGUACUCCUAGCCGGGUUCUUGAUUUCAAGACUCCACAUGAUGUGUUUGGUGACCAUGUUUCCCUUGUCUCAGUCUCCAAGUUGCCCCCUAAAGUCCCCCUUAUGUUGGACAUGUCUGUUCCCCAUCAUCUUUGGGGGUAUGCUGUUUUAUCUGCUGCCUAUUUGAUUAAUCGUACUCCUAGCCGGGUUCUUGAUUUCAAGACUCCACAUGAUGUGUUUGGUGACCAUGUUUCCCUUGUCUCAGUCUCCAAGUUGCCCCCUAAAGUCUUUGGAUGUGUUGCCUAUGUUCAUGUCUACUUUCAUCAACGGAGUAAACUUGAUCCUUGUGCUCUGCGAUAUGUUUUUUUUGGUUACUCGUCUACUCAGAAAGGUUAUAAGUGCUAUCAUCCACCUACCCAGAAGUGCCCUAUUAUGUAUCUCCCUCCUCUCCAAUUCAGGGGGAGUGAAUUGGAGAGUCUUGGAUUGGAGAAUGAUGUGUUUGAAGAUGCUGCUCUUGGGAAGGAAAUGACCUGUCGCACUGAAGCAAGUGACCGGUCACCCAUAUCUGAAGAUGAAACUUGUGGUCCCUAUGAAGAAACUACUGAUCGCCCUUUGGAACUCGAUCAGUCGCCCAUAUCUGGAGAUGAAGCAGGUGCUCUCGGUGUCACUGAAGCAAGUGACCAGUUGCCUGUAUCUGAAAAUAAUGACAGUGAUUCUUAUAUGGAUGAGUUCGAUUUACCCCCACGAACCACUCGUGGGAAACCUAAAGUACAAUAUUCUCCUGAUAUACAUGCCAAGUCUAAAUGGGUGUUUACUUUGAAGCAUAAAGCUGAUGGUUCCAUUGACCGUCACAAGGCUAGAUUGGUAGCAAAUGGUUAUACUCAGACCUAUGGAGUUGAUUAUUUAGAGACCUUUGCUCAAGUGGCAAAGCUCAAUACUGUGCGUGUACUAUUGUCCUUAGUUGCUAACCGCGACUGGCCCUUAUUACAAUUCGAUGUCAAAAAUGUAUUUCUACAUGGUGACCUCAAAGAGGAGAUUUACAUGGAUCUCUCUCUUGGUAUUCCUAUAACCUCUAAGGAGGGUGUUGUGUGUAAGCUGCGGAAGUCUUUAUAUGGAUUGAAGCAGUCCCCAAGAGCGUGGUUUAAGAGAUUUGCAGCAUCUAUGAAGAAAUUUGGGUAUGUACAGAGUAACUCAGACCAUACUUUGUUUCUAAAGCGUCAUAAAGGUAAAUUGAUAGCUUUAAUUAUUUAUGUUGAUGGUAUGAUUGUAACUGGAGAUGAUCAGGCAGAAAUGCAAAAUCUUCAGAAGUAUCUGGCUUCCGAGUUUGAGAUGAAGUCAUUGGGUGAUUUGAAGUACUUUCAUGGGAUUGAAGUUGCUAGAUCUAAACAUGUGAGUGUAGUGAGUCAGUUUAUGCAUUCUCCUAAUGAAGAUCAUAUGGGUGCUGUGAUGCGCAUCUUGAGAUCUAGUGCUGAGGCCGAGUACCGUGGGAUGGCUCAAGGUGUGUGUGAGUUACUAUGGUUGAGAAGAUUGUUGAGAGAUCUUGGGUUUGGACCCCAGAAACCCAUGGAUCUGUAUUGUGAUAAUAAAGCUGCAAUUGCAAUUGCGCAUAACCCUGUGCAACAUGAUCUUACAAAGCACGUGGAGGUUGAUCGACAUUUUGUUAAAGAGAAGUUAGAUGCUGAAAUUAUUUCUUUUCCGUUUAUAUCAUCCGAGUACCAACUGGCAGAUGUUCUUACGAAAGCUGUGUUUACUACGGUCUUUCUCAACUCGCUUGACAAGUUGGGCAUGCGUGACAUCUUUGCCCCAACUUGA